GAUUUCAAAUAUACAAUACUCUUGUUGAUCUUGAAGUUUGUAGCUUUUGUUUUUCGAAAUCAAAACCAUGUCUACCUUUAUUUUAAACCCAUUAUGUCACAUUGUUACACCAUCCAUUACCACUAAAUUUAACCUAAAUGACCCAAAUAAUAAGCUGCUUUUUUCUAAAUCAAAUAAAAGUAGUAGUAAUUUGCAUCUAAGAAAAUCCUCCAAUAAUUCUUCUCUUGCUGUGAAAUGCAUCAAGGAAGAAGGAAAAGUUGGGAGUGUUAAUGAGCAUCAUCAAAAGCACAAUUUAGUUGUGGAAAACAUUCCUCCUCCUACACAACUACCUUUUUAUGAUUUGGAAAGAGAUGAUUUCCCUCAUGAUUUUCUCUUUGGUGCCUCCACUUCUGCCCUUCAGAUUGAAGGACAAGGGAAUGAAGGUGGAAGAGGGAAAGGUACUUGGGACUCCAUGAUCGAAGCCAACAAAGGGAGGAAAGCUGUUGAUUCCUACAACCUUUAUAAGGAAGAUGUUAAGUUGUUGAAAGAAAUGGGCAUGAAUACGUACAGAUUCUCCAUUUCUUGGUCAAGGAUAUUGCCAAAUGGUACUAUUCGUUCGGGCGUAAAUGAAGAUGGCAUAAAUUUCUACAACUACUUAAUUAAUGAAUUAAUUGAAAAUGAUAUUACUCCUAUGGUUACAUUACUCCACUUCGAUCUGCCUCAAAUUAUACAGGACGAAUUUGGAGGCUUCUUGAGUCCACACAUCAGAGAACUGUUUAAGGAAUAUGCAGAUCUAUGCUUUAAGAAAUUUGGCGAUCGAGUAAAGUGUUGGGGGACAAUUAAUGAGCCUCUAAUUUAUGUUUACCUUGGAAAAAAGAUGGGAUUUCCUCCUCAACUACAGAUUGAUACUGAAGCUCCCUAUAUUGCUUACCAUAAUAUUAUCUUAGCUCAUUCUGAGGCUGCAAAACUCUACAAGCACAAAUAUCAGAAAAAGCAAGGCGGGAAAAUUGGAAUUUCAUUGCCAAUUCAAUGGUCUAUGCCAUUUAAUCAACAUGAUUCUAUGGAUUUAGCUGCAACGGAAGCGUGUUUGGAUCUCUCCGUUGGUUGGUUUAUGAAUCCUCUUGUGCACGGCGAUUACCCAGAAUGGAUGAAAAAUAACGUACCAGGACUCCCAAAGUUCACGAACGAGGAAAAGGAGCUAGUGAAGGACGCUUAUGAUUUUAUCGGUAUAAAUUACUACUCUUCAAGAUACAUCCAACAAUCUUUCUCUUAUGAUGGUAUGACGGGCGAAGUUACGAUUUCUUUCAAGACCCAAACUGAAAAUGUUGAGAAGAAGAAUCUUGGGAAGCCAGCUGAAGGGCGAAAGGAUAUUUAUGAUCAUCCUAAUGGACUUAAGCAAUUGCUACUUCACAUGAAGAAAAAGUAUGGUAAUCCUGAAGUAUAUGUGACUGAAAAUGGUAUCUCUUCACAACCUACAAUAUCAGGUUCAAUUAAGGAUUUGAUUAAACAUGGAAAAUAUAAUGAACUGCAAGACGCAUUUUAUGAUUACGAUAGAAUCAAGUAUGCAGCUGGCCAUCUUAUUGCUGUUCGUGAUGCAAUCAGGGAGGGAGCAAACGUCAAGGGCUAUGUGGUGUGGUCGUUGUUGGACAAUAUGGAAGUGGGAAGUGGUUAUGAUGUUCGCUUUGGUCUCAACUUUGUAGAUUAUUUUGAUAAUCACAAGAGAUAUCCAAAGUUAUCUGCUAUAUGGCUCACUAAGUUUCUUAAAUCUCAUAUAGUUGGAUACUAAUGGUUCUAUAAUUGUGAUACUUUACAAAAUUGUAUGAGUACUAUUGUUUUUUGGUUAUUCGGUGUAUCAUGUACGUGAUGAACUUGUAGCAAGACAUAUAAUGGUUACUUUUGUUCGUCUCUUUCUUGGUUUUGCAAAUAAAUGGCUCGGAUGUGCCAUUGGUGUUUGGUUGUAAUUUUGAAAUUAACUUUAUAUUUUAAAGAAAUGAAGUAUGAAUUUAUUCUAUGUA